AUGGCAGAGCCUAUUAAAAAAAUGGAGAAGAAACGUGACACAGAGGAGAGUCAGCUAUUGCAGACACGGUGGCAGCACAGUGUCUGGGACCUGGAGCAGAUCAGGUUAAGCAUGGUGCUGCAGGACUGCGCAGACCAGCUGGCUGUGCUGGGCCACAUCGCCUGCAUCGCCGCCAUUCAGGAGAACUCCGAGGAGGACAAGGAGAUGUGGGAGACUCUGAGCGGGGCUCGAGUGGCGGAGGAGGGCGGACCUGCCGAGAGCGCUCGAGAGAGGCGUCGGGCCCUCGUGGAGCUGCGCCACGCCCUGGACAACAAGCCCCUGUCGCCCGACAACCUGGAGAAGGUGGACCACGACCGGCAGUUCCUGGCCCUGGUGAUCAAGGACAUGCUGGACGAGCUCCAGGAGGCCGGCACCUUCGACAGCCUGCUGGCGGCCGUGGAGGAGGAGAAGCGCCAGAAGGCCAACCACCUGGAUAUCGUGCAGCGGGAGGAGGAGGGCCGGAGGCGGGGCAAGGCCCUGCAGCGACAGCUCCGCGACCUCCGCAAGGAGCGCGCGCAGGAGGUGCACCAGCGGGAGGAGAUCACGGCACACCUGCGUGCCCAGCUCCAGGAGAUGAAGGCCAAGGCCGCCAUGGAGAGGGACUACAUGCGCGGCAUCUCCCACCUGAAGGUGCAGCAGAGCCAGGAGCACAACGUCCACCGGGAGGUGGAGCUGGAGGCCACCGUGGAGCGGCUGCAGGAGAGGAUCGCCGAGGAGCGCUUCAUCCACGAGGAGGUGGAGAACUUCCUGAAGGAGGUGCAGACGGACCUGGAGGAGAGGCUGGAGGCCUGGAUGGAGGCGUACGAGACGGACAUGGAGGCCAAGCAGAAGGAGACGGACACGCUGAAGAACAGCAGGGCCAGGACGGCCGAGCGGCUGCAGGAGCUGAGAGAGGAGCUGGAGAGGAUGGCCACCACCACACCGUCCCCGCGCGGGGCCCAGGAAGAGGAGGAAACGGAGGAGCGAGAGGAGGAGGAGGAGCAGGAGGAGGCACGGGCCACGCCCCAAGAGGAGCCCCAGGACGAAUGA